UCCAGUUCCCAUUUUUUGUAGUUAGAUGUCGUGGCAAAAGAAACAUCUGUAGUCUGUAGAAGAAGAAGAAGAAGUUGGAUUUGCUUCCAUGGCUUCCGCUUCACUACACCGUAUAAACUCAUUCAAUUAUAUAGGUUUUCCAACAUACCCUUCCUCUUCUAUUUCCACCUCCACUUCUCUAUUAGUGUUCCCCAAAAAGUCCCCCUCCAAAAUCUGUGCAACUUCUUCAACAAUUCCUCUGCAAACGGAUUUAAGUAUCCGAAAAGAGAGUGCGUCUAGAAAUGAUUCUUUCUCAUGCCCAAUUUGUUUUGAGCCUCUAACAAGGAAGGGACCUCCGGGUUUAAACUUGCCAGCAAUAUAUAGAUCGGCUUUCAAGUGUCAGAAAUGCAACAAGUCAUAUUCCAGCAAAGAUAUCUACCUGGAUCUCACCAUUACAUAUGGAAGCAAAAACUACACUGAGUCAUAUCCAACUAGGACAGAGCUAUUUAGGAACCCACUUGUUUCAUUCUUGUACGAAAGAGGGUGGCGUCAAAAUUUUAGCCAGAGUGGUUUUCCCGGGCCUGAUGAAGAGUUCAAAAUGGCUCAGGAGUACUUCAAGCCUGCAGAAGGUGGACUCCUUGUGGAUGUCAGCUGUGGGAGUGGAUUAUUUUCGAGAAAAUUUGUGAAGUCUGGGACCUAUUCUGGGGUUAUUGGUUUGGAUUUUUCUGAGAACAUGCUUCGCCAAUGUUAUGAUUUACUAAUAAAAGAUGAGACGAUAUUAAACCCCAAUCUUGCACUUGUUAGGGCUGAUGUCUCGAGGCUCCCCUUCUCGUCAGGUUCAGUUGAUGCUGUCCAUGCUGGGGCAGCGUUGCACUGCUGGCCAUCUCCUUCCAAUGCAGUUGCUGAAAUAAGUCGUAUCUUGCGAAGCGGUGGAGUCUUUGUAGGAACCACAUUUUUGAAUUUUUCUUUUGGCAACUCGGCUUCUUCUCAGAUAUUGAAACCCUUCAGACAGAGUUUGGGGCUGACAAAUAGCACAUAUAACAAUUUUACGGAGGAAGAGAUAGAGGACUUGUGCACAUCUUGUGGCCUUGUUAACUAUACCUGUAAAGUACAGCAAUCCUUCAUCAUGUUCUCUGGGCAGAAGCCUUGAAAUCAAGAAGGUAAAAUAAGUUUGUUUGCCCAAUAUACUGAAACAUCUGUCUAGUAAAUGUAUGUCUGAUAUCUUACACUAGGACCACUAGGAAAUCGAUUGUAUUAUAGAUUUACAGUUAAUAGUUUUGGAUGUACAGUGAAUUUGUUAUAAAUUUACAGUGAACUGUGUUAUAAAUUUACAGUAAACUCUUUCAUCAUUCUUGUAUCCUGUUAUUACUAAUUGGCUCCAUUGGAGGGCAUCAUAAUCCAUAUACAUUAGUUGUUGGGUCCA